AUGCUGCUUUCUGCUCCAUUCGCCCAGCAACCCUGGAGAAUUGUGGCAUCGCCAACUCCCUUAACCCGUCUGCCCACCGCCUUCCGUUCGUGGUCGUUUCGCUCGCCCGUCCGGCGCACAUCCGCAACAGUGGCUCCCCCCACUAAACACGACGCCCCUCCUCUCUCUUCUUCCUCCUCCUCUCUUCUUCCUUCUCAUCUCUCAGCUUCAUUCCCUUCUCCAUCAAGGAUAAAUACCAAGGUGUCGUCCGCUUCAGACCGAGCGACUCUUGUCUCUAGACAUAUCUCCUCUACAUCUACCCUUCCGCAACAACCACAGAACACCAUGUCCUACACCGUCCGCAAGAUCGGCCAGCCCAACACUUUGGAGCACCGUGUCUACAUUGAGAAGGAUGGCGUCCCCGUCUCCCCCUUCCACGAUAUCCCUCUCUACGCCAACGAGCAGCAGAACAUCCUCAACAUGAUUGUUGAGAUCCCCCGUUGGACCAACGCCAAGCAGGAGAUCUCCAAGGAGGAGUUCCUCAACCCCAUCAAGCAGGAUGUCAAGAAGGGCAAGCUCCGUUACGUCCGUAACUGCUUCCCCCACAAGGGUUACCUCUGGAACUACGGUGCCUUCCCCCAGACCUGGGAAGACCCCCACAACGUCCACCCCGAGACCAAGGCCAAGGGUGACAACGACCCGCUCGAUGUCUGCGAGAUCGGUGAGGUCGUUGGCUACCCCGGUCAGGUCAAGCAGGUCAAGGUCCUCGGUGUGAUGGCUCUCCUUGAUGAGGAGGAGACCGACUGGAAGAUCAUUGUCGUCGACAUCAACGACCCUCUUGCUGCUAAGCUCAACGACGUCGAGGACGUUGAGCGCCAGCUCCCUGGUCUCCUCCGCGCCACCAACGAGUGGUUCCGUAUCUACAAGAUCCCUGAUGGCAAGCCCGAGAACCAGUUCGCUUUCUCUGGCGAGUGCAAGAACAAGAAGUACGCUCUUGACGUUAUCCGCGAGUGCGCCGACGCUUGGGAGAAGCUCGUCUCUGGCAAGACCCCCAAGGGUGACAUCAGCCUUGCCAACUCUACCGUCGAGAGCUCUAGUGACCGUGUUGACCAGGGUGCUCUUGCCAGCAUCCCCAAGGGCCAGGACCUUCCCCCGGCUCCCAUUGACAGCACUGUUGACAAGUGGUUCUUCAUCUCUGGCGCUGCUGUUUAA